AUGUGGGUCUCGAAGAAACUACGAACGGGAAUCAAGGUGGACAAUGUGCUGAUCGAACUCAUCGAAGAAUUCUGUCACCUGGACCAUAUGGUGAUCUCAGACGAGGAGUAUAUAGCCGAAAGUCGAGAUCCGACACCAGAACCCACCCCGGAGUUUAUCGAAGGAGGUGAUUCACCAACUCAAGGAAUUCUAAAAAACGGUAAAGGACCGCACAAUGAAAAGAAGAAACACCUUGAAGGGGAAGUUAUUAACGAAGAAAGAGUUCCAGAUAUGCAACUUGGCAAAUGUCGGUAUGUACGACUACACGACAAUGUGAAUUAUGUCGCAGCGGGUAUCAUAUUACGAGGAGAUGGACCUGAAACGGAAGUGCUCUUAAUUCAAGAAGCAAAAAAGACAUGUUACGGAAAGUGGUACAUGCCGGCAGGACGAGUAGAAGCGGGCGAAACACUAGAGAACGCUGUUAAACGAGAAGUUCGGGAAGAAUCCGGUUAUGAGUGUGACGUCAUCGAAUUGUUAUCCUUAGAAGUUCAAGGCAGUGGAUGGUAUCGAUUCUCAUUUUAUUGCGAAAUUGCUAGUGGUGAAUUAAAAACUAAACCUAAUCAAGAGUCUCUUGGUGCCCAAUGGUGGUCCGUUGAUGAGGUCCUCGGCAAGAAGCUGCCGUUAAGGGUAAAAGACUUCUUGCCACUUCUCGAACAAGGAUUAGCUUAUAGAAACGCAUCUCAUACAGAUCUUCCACGAAUUCUUCCUAUGAAUAUUAAUAUACCAGGGUUAUUUAUGGAAUUUAUGAUUGUGCGACACAGCCUCGAUGAAUCUAGGACAGAGGUGCUUGUUCACAAAUCAAUAAAAGACGAGCAGAUGCUACUAGAGAAUGAUCAACCAUUCCCCACAGUCGAAUUCGGCUUUGAAUACUUCUUCGCCAUGGUCGUCUCAAAAGUGUACAGGCAUCUUCUCGAAGAGGGUGGUAACGUGGUUUUUGCACCUUCACAUGUCGUUCGGAUUAAAUGUCAUCCGAAUCCAAUACAAUCGUUGGCACAUGGUAUCUCGGUGCGGUUAUAUUGUCAGCACAAGAAAUGUGCGACAAAGGCUGUAAUUAGGAGUCCCCGAUAUCACUGGAUUCCUGUUGACAAUAAAGAGACCCGUGAGCAUUUCUACAUGGAAAAAAAUCAGUAUCGACCGACAUUACGGAUGGUCUAG